CCUAACCCUUCGCUCAUUGGCUCUACCUAUCACGUGGCCCCGCGUGCAGACGUCUAGACAAAUGGCGAGCGGCGAUUGCGCGAGGCGGCCGCACGUGCGCACUACGGAAUGUAAGUUCUCGUCUGGCGGCUCUGGGUCUCAUUCUGGGCCGGUCGCGGAUUGUCCCGGGUCUGGACUGGCACGGGUCCAGGUCUGGUUUUGUUUUAGCGGUGGUUCUGGGCUGGCUCGACUCUCGAUCUGGCUCUCGUUCUGAGGCUGAUCCUGGGCCGGGUCUGGCCCUGAUCCUCACCUCCACCUCCUCCCCGCCGCCCCGGGCGGGCGAGGCUCCACUCUGGCCUCGUCUUCGGACUCGGAGGACGGAGGAGCGAGGAGCGGCGCUCCGCCCCGCAAGCGGCGCAGGCGAGAGUCGGCAGCGGCAGCGGCCAUGCAGGGCCCAUGCCCCUCGGCCCUGCAGCAGGGGGCUAUCAAGGGCGCGUUGGGCCCCGGGCACCCGGGGGAGGGGACCCCGAGGAGACCGCGGCCACGCAGGAUGAGCCGCACGGAUGAGGACGUGAUCCGCCUGGUCGGGCAGCACCUGCAGGGCCUUGGCCUCACACAAACGGUGCAGAGGCUCGUGGAGGAGUCUGGCUGUCGACUGGAGCACCCGGCCGCAUCCAGGUUCCGGAGCCACGCGAUGGACGGGGAGUGGGAAAAGGCUGAGAAGGACCUUGGUGAGUUGAAGCUGCUGAUGAAUUCACCAAAUGGAGUUGUGCACAUGAAGUUCCUGCUGCUUGAGCAGAAGUACCUGGAGCACCUGGAGGACGGGAAACUCCUGGAAGCACUCACCGUGCUACGCCAGGACCUCACGCCACUCAAGCACAACACGGAGAGAAUCCACGAGCUUAGCGGGUACCUGAUGUGCAGCACCGCCGAGGAGCUGAGGGACAAGGCCUCCUGGGACGGCAAGGGCCCGACCUCCAGAUGCCGGCUCCUGGAGAAACUGCAGGCAUUCCUGCCGCCGUCGGUGAUGCUGCCCCCGCGCCGCCUGCAUACGCUGCUGCAGCAGGCGGUGGAACUGCAGCAGCAGCGCUGCCUCUACCAUAACUCGCGCCUGCAGCUGGACCUGCCGGACGCCUGCCUGCUGCACGACCACUACUGCAGCCGGAAGAACUUCCCGAGCCACACGCGCCAGGUGCUCACGGAGCACUGCAACGAGGUGUGGUUCUGCAAGUUCUCCAAUGACGGCACGCGGCUCGCCACGGGCUCCAAGGACUCCACCGUCAUCAUCUGGCUGGUGGAGCAGGAGAGCCAUCAGCUCAAGGUGGCGCACACGCUGGAGGGACACACGUACGGAGUCUCCUACCUCGCAUGGAGCCCGGACGACACGCACCUCAUUGCCUGCGGGCCCGAUGACUGCUCCGAGCUAUGGCUGUGGAACACACAGACCGGGGUGCUGCGUGUGAAGAUGUCGCAGUCGCACGAUGACAGCCUCGUGUGCGCCUCCUGGUUCCCGGACAGCCGGCGCUUCUGCACAGGCGGCCAGCGUGGACAGUUCUACCAGUGUGACCUGAACGGGACGGUGCUGGAGUCGUGGCAGGGCGUGCGCAUCCAGUGCGUUUGGUGCUCGGCCGACGGGAAAUCUGUGCUGGCGUCAGACACGCACCAGCGCAUCUGCAGCUACAACUUUGAGGACGUCACGGACCGGGCCUUGAUCCAGGAGGACCACCCCAUCAUGACCUUCAGCGUGUCCAAGGAUGACCGGCUGGCACUAAUCAACGUGGCCACACAGGGCGUGCACCUGUGGGACCUCCAUGAGCGCGCGCUCGUCAGGAAGUACCAGGGCAUCACACAGGGCCUCUACACGAUCCACUCGUGCUUUGGAGGCCCCAACGAGGACUUUGUGGCGAGCGGCAGUGAAGACCACAAGGUGUACGUGUGGCACCGCAAGCAGGAGCAGCCGGUGGCGGUGCUGGCGGGGCACACGCGCGCAGUCAGCUGCGUCAGCUGGAAUCCGCGAGUGCCCUCCAUGUUAGCCAGCGCCUCCGACGACGGCACCGUGCGCAUCUGGGGCCCCGCGCCCGCCCUGCCCGAUGGGGACCCCCACGCGCGGUGCCCGCGGGCCCAGGCGCAGCAGCCGACGCAGCAGCCGACGCAGCAGCCGACGCAGCAGCCGACGCAGCAGCCGACGCAGCAGCCGACGCAGCAGCCGACGCAGCAGCCGACGCAGCAGCAGGCGCAACUGUGAGCGCGCGACCACCCCUGCUGCAUUAGGCCUCUGCGUUGCGGGGCACGUGAUGGCUCGCUCCGCACGAGGGCAUCCCUAACCAGAACUUCCGUAACCGCCGACGCCUGGGUUCCCAUCGUUGGCGCUGUUUUCCCUGCGCCGUCACUCGCGGGAUCCCGACCCCCGGCGGGAAACGCUCGCGCCCAUCGUGUCCCAUCUGUCGUCGGUGCCGUCCGGCCUCGUCUCGGACGCGGUCCGUGUGCCGCCGAGCGUUCAGCUGUCUGUGCGACGGGUGUUUUGUGUCCGAGGAGCCCCGUGGGGCCCGCUCCCCUACCCCUCCCCCCGGUCUUGCGUCAGCACGGGGGCUCUCUCGGCACGUGGUCGUUACCCGCGCGUCUCAAGCGGGCUCCGCCUGCGGCGUCCCUCGUGCCCCCCCACCCGACCGCGACAGUGGGUUGGACCCUCCGCCUGAAUGAGUGCGGUUUGCGAGUGUAUCCCCUGCAUCGUGUGCCCCCUACCCCCACACCCCACACGGCGUUUUUUUUACCAAAAGCACCGAUCCUCCCCCAAAACCUGAUUUGCACUGGCCGCAGGUCACCCCGCCCCCCUUGCGGGGUUUUGGGAGCAGCCCCUACUCGCACCACCUUUAUUUGUGGGGGGGCUCCUCGUUUUUUUUCGACACAUGCUCCAUCAGCGAACGACCGGACACGAUGGUCAAGUUCUCGAUAUGCGAAUGUUUUUGCCCGUUGUGUGUGCGCACGUAUCUGCUUCAUCCUCCUCGCCCGUUGCACGAACUUGGAGCAGACUCCGGAUCCCCCUCCCUGCGUUCCUUACGACGCGUUGACGUGAGCGCCGCGCAUUGACGUCUUUAAGAGGCCCGCUGUGACAAUCACGCAGAGUGCCCUCGAGGUGCAGGCUAGCGGGCAGGAUCCUCGCGCCCACUCCAUACAGUACUUGGGCGUGGGGUGUGGGGACAGCGGUGCCAUACGCGAGUUUGUGGAAUCUACCCCCGGAGUGCGUCCACCGGGAGAGGAAGGCGCCAACACGGUCGUCGUAUGAAGACAGCUGGAAGGCAUCGUUGCUAGAGACCUGUGCGUCACCCAGAAUCCCUUUCAGCUUCCGCUGGGAUUUGCUGUCAUUGCUUCCUCGGCGUUUCACGGUCGCAACAUGUGCUGUUUUUCUGUCGUCUAUUGUGUCUGGAUUACGUGGGGGGGGGGCGCUGUGUGGAGGCUGUGUGUGUGGGGGGGGGGGGGGGGGGGGGGGGGGGGGGGGGCUGUGUGGAGGCUGCGUAGCCUCCGGUUCGGGAGGUGUGGUCGAGAGAACGGCGCGGUGACGCGUGGACUCCGGAGGAUCUCUUGAGGCAUUCUUGCGUUGAUGCGUCAUCCCGUGGUGCACACUUGAAACUCUCAAACCUAGGCAAUACAAACCAAAAACAGACCGGGUCGUCGGGUGUCUGUAGAGCGUUCAGUGUUUGCAGUAUUGGAGAAGGAUCGUCCCGUUCAGUGGUGGAUAUAUAGGUUUAUGUUUACACAGCCUGAUCCUUAAGAGUGGCAAUGUAAGAAUUGAAUAACAAAUGAGCAAAUGCAACAAAUGAGAAGUAAGAGUACUCUAUUUUUGGAUCUCAUCUCCGCUCAGACCGUUGCCUUGAGCACGCCGCCUCCCCUUACCAUGAAGCCCGAUGUCCACGCCCUCGGUCGGAUUUCUUCUUCUCGCCAUUUUAACGUAGCGUCUGCCUUUUAUACGCACGCUGUGUGACUGUCACAGCGCUGUGGGGGCCCUAGUGUUCGCUUCAUAUUUACUUGAAGAAAUAAACUUUUGUGACAUUU